AUGGACACGAGUGUUCCGGUAAUGCAGCCGAUGUCCCCCCGGGAAGUCAAAGGACCUCAAAAAGGGUUCGUUGUCCAGGAGGCCACCAAAAGCACCCUGGUCAUGGCCGAAGAGAAGAAACCCAGCACCGCAAGCAGCAGUGAUCGCAUACUGAAGCGCUUUUCCCUGGGCGUCUUGUAG